AUGGGCAACUUUGCUGAAUUUGGGAUUAUGCCUGGAAGCAGUCCUCUAAGGGAAAGACUGACUAUGCUGCACUCCCAAGACAUGGAUCGCCACACCACGCCUCUUCUCACCCCAACCUCAGGUCUCCUGCAACAAAACCACCCUCAGGCACAAACCUCGAACCCUUUGGGGAGCCACGAGGCCACCACCAUGUCCAAGGAGCUCGGGUUAGAGAAAAACAGUACAGUUUCACAGUACGAGUUGAUGCCCGGAGAAAUCAUCAUUGCCAGCUUGCUUUGGGGGGUGUUAUGGUUACUCUCCGUCUUCGGAAACUCCCUGGUUUGCCUCAUCAUCUACAGGAGUAGAAGGACUCAGUCGACCACCAAUUAUUUCGUGGUCUCCAUGGCCUGCGCAGACUUGCUGAUGAGUGUGGGGUGCGUACCGUUUGUCCUGUUCCAGUUAGCCUCUGACGGAUGGACAUUGGGCAGCAUGAUGUGCAAGGCAGUCAGGUAUUUUCAGUAUCUCACCCCCGGGGUUCAAAUUUACGUCUUGCUUUCCAUCUGCGUUGACCGGUUCUACACGAUCGUCUACCCGCUAAGUUUCAAGGUGACGAGGGAAAAAGCCAAAAAAAUGAUUGCGGUGUCUUGGAUCUUCAACGCAGCCUUAAUGUCUCCGGUUUUCAUUUUUGGGGGAUUGGAUGGAGACCACCACUGCCGUUUUUUCCCUCCCUAUUCUUGGGACGGUGCCGUUUAUAGCAUCAUCCAUGUAUUAGUAGCUUUUCUGAUCCCAUCGGUUCUCAUUGUUUUCUUUUACCAGAAAGUCGUCAAGCACAUUUGGAAAAUCGGGAGCGAGGGCAGAGCAGUCCGGAGAACAAUGAAUGUGGUCCCUAGGACAAAGGUGAAAACCAUCAAAAUGUUCCUGAUGUUAAACUCUCUCUUUCUCCUCUCGUGGCUCCCAUUUUACGUGGUUCAACUGUGGCGCCCAUUCGAGACCGAUCAUAGGAAAAGCGCCUUGGUCUUUUUGAUGGCUACUUGGAUAUCGUUUAGUUCCUCGGCCUUGAAACCGACGUUGUAUUCGGCCUACAAUGCCAACUUCAGGAGGGGGAUAAGGGAGACUUUCUGUAUGUCCUCCAUGAAAUGUUAUAGGAGUAAUGCCUACACCGUCACCACCAGCUCCAAGAUGGCCAAGAAAAAUUACGUGGGGAUCUCAGAAUUCCCCAUUGUACCAAAAACCGUUUCCAAAGACAACAUAUAUGAUUCUUUCAACAGAGAAGCAAAAGAGAAAAAACUUGCCUGGCCUAUUAAUUCAAACCCACCAAACACAUUUGUAUAAUUAA